UCUUAGUAGAUGGGAAUAUUCAACAUAAUCAUGUAAUAUUCCGUUGUACCAGCGAGUUUGUCUGUCUGUCUGUCUGUUUUUCUUAUGCACUGUACGGUUCAGAAUCACAAAUCCAUGCACGUCUGGGUCAAAAGUAGGAUAUUGGACUUGUUCUGAAGCAAAAAUGUUGUUAGUUGGAUUAAUGUUAUCAAUCAUGGUGGCUUUAGGAGGAUUUUUAUUCUGUGUAAACCUUAAGAGAAAUCGAAAAAAUUCGGAUAGAAAUAAUAUACCCUCAACCACGACUCUAGCCAGAAAGCAAGACAACCUACAGUUGACAGAAAAAUCAAGAAGCACAGCUCUUCCUAGUUUAAAGAACAUGCAUCUAGACUUCUAUGAAUCAAAUAAAUACGAAGACUACGAGGAACCAACGCCUAAAGUGAAACAGGAAGUCCAAGAUGUCCCGCCUCCGACCUCAUUCCACGACUCGAGAGACCCGAAAUACGAAUCGUGCAUCAAAUCAAAUAAAACAGAACAUGUAUAUCGAGGACUGUUUGAGAAAAGUGGGGAGUUUACAGCAAGUAUUCGAAGUGAACACGUUUAUGUUGAUUUGACGUAAUUAGUGAGCAUUUCAGCGUAAUUCAAACUUUUUGCAAGCAGCAUAAUAUAAUAAUCAUGUUUUACAAUUAACUUUCAUUGAACUAUAGCUUGGGCCAAUGAAAGAAUCUUUUGUAAGAAAGGAGGAGUUUCUCUGUUUGCGAGAAAUGUGUGUACUAGUACCGGUAUUUGGAUUUGGAUCACAUGCAGACUUCAUUUGUAGCUAGAUUCUGGUGUUAGAAAAUGGGAUAGGUUUAUGUUGACAAAACCCUAAUCCUAAAACGAUAAAUUAUUAAUACAUGCAUAAAUAACGUAUGCAACGUUGUUUCCGGUGUAUUUUAAACAAUUAAAUAAAAAUGUAUCUGUAUGUUUUCAGCACACAAUGCUGCUUUAUGCAGCUUUUCUGUUCAUCGCGGUAUACAUAAAAUAAUUUAUAUGAUGUUUUUACAAUGUAAAGGGUGAUAAGAAAAUUCGUUCCAUCAUGAAAUAUUUGUUGAAUAUUUUAAAUUAUAGUGAUUAACUGAAGAGAAGAGUUUUACAAUUCAAUCUGACAAAUCAUUUAAAUUGUGUUUUCUAUUAAAAAGAAUUUGUAGGGGGAAGUUAUAGGAUUUUUUCCAUACGAAAAAAUAUAUAAAUAUCUUGAAAAACCAAAAUGACAGAAUUGCUGGUCAUUUUGUGUAAGAAAUUAGCAUUAUUAACAUUUGUUUCUUCAUAGCUUAACUUGCAUCAUACCGAACUGAUGAACUAUAAAGAAAGAUUUGUCACUUUUUAAAAGACUAUGUUUGUCAUAUUGGAAUUAAAUACUGACUUGAUAUGUUUUGUAUCUAUAGGUAUUUGAAAGGAUAUAUCGACCUGUGUGCUUAAGAUAGUUCACAAAUUUGAUGCAUCCCUGAUUUUUCUGCACAGACAUUAUCUGCUUCAUACCUGCCCUUCGCUUUCCGUUUGCUAAAUUUUUAGCUUUCAGUAACAGGAAUUCAUAAAAUUGACUCUAUGAACAUGAAAUAUUAUAAAUUUUAGAUAUCUACAAAUUGUAUUUCUUUUCGAAAAUGAAAGAAAAUUGUCAAAUGAACUUUCUUAAUACCCUUUAUGUACUAUUCCUCUC